AAAGCAUGAGACAAAAAAUCUAAAAAAGCAACCCCGACAACAUUUAUGUCCAUAAACUUCAAGUGGUUUUAUAUAAAUCUCAAAAUUCUCUUUAACUCUCUUCGAAAUCUGUCUCACAGAAAUUUUAAAGAGAAAUGUUGCCUUGGUGUCUGAACUGACGAUGACACUCCAAAAAGCCUUUGAACGUUGUCCCACCGUUUACAAGACACUUAUCCAAUAGGAUUGCAUUCCUAUAAUUGGUGUCCUUUUUUUCAAUUUCUUCGGCUUUACGAGGUGACAAUGGACCCUCCUUAGUAAUCGCAUUGUCCAUCUUCAUGAGCUUCUCUGCCACGUCUUCCAAACAGAAGCCUUGAUGCCUAUCCAUAAUUACCAGUAUCAUGACCACGAUUAUGACCGCGAUCAUGACGUCCACAAUCAUGGCCACUAUGGCCAUUACCAUCAUGGCCACUACCAUUAUGACGAUUACCACCACCAUCCCGGCCACUACCAUCAUGAUGACCACCACCAUCACGGCCACUACCAUCAUGACGACCAUCACCAUCACGGCCACUACUAUCGUGACGACCUUCACCAUCACGCCCAUCACUAUCAUAACGACCGUCACCACAACCAUUACGACCAUCCUGUCCGUCCUUUCGACCCUAUCCUCGGCCAUAGUCCAGUCUUCUAUCUGCCGCAAUCUGCAACGAACUUCUUGGUUGUCAAACAUGGCCGACUGCCCCAGAGCUACAUUUCCUACAAUGGCCUGGAUAUUGGAGUCAAUGCGGAGAUUGAUGAAUGGAGGGAUUAUCUGGCCAUGCAGGAUGGGCUGAAGGUACUGAUCCUCCUGCUGUUGUUUCUCAUUUUAGCAAUGCCAAUCAUGGGAUCCCUUUAUGGCUGGUUUUAUAGGCGAUGCAGAAAUUGCAGGACAGGCAGCAAGAGAACGUGUUACUUCUGUGGCAUCCUUCUGGCCGUUGCGGCACUCCUUAUGUUUUUUUUUCUUUUUUUUGCAAUGCUGGCAGCCAGUCAAUUAACCAAGGGCCUGGAGAAAAAUGGGCGCUGUACACAGCGAUCCCUUCACCGUUCCCCCCGAGAUCUGUAUGACCCCAACUAUAAGGAUCAGUCCGAUGCGGGGGACCAUGCCGAGGCCAUCAAUGAUUUAAACGAGGUGCUUAAGAAUUUGCACGCAGCUAAGUUAAUUUUAGAGGAGUUCCAGGAUGAGCUGCCCGUAGGUAAGGGGUUGGCUAUUAGGUUUCGGGAUGCGUUGCGUGUCGUCAAAGAAAAUCUUAAGGACUUCCUUACCUCGCAGUGCAACCAAGAGGAGUGCGGAGAUUUCUACAGAGACAAUGAGAUCAGGAUGCUAGACGAGGGAUGUCUGCACUUUGAUAGAAUUCCCUCAGCGGCAGACUUGAUCAAGUCCAUUAACGAAAUUUUGGCAAGUAACUUCGUCAACUAUCCCCUAAUGGCUGCAAAGACGUACAGGAAUCGCACUAAAAAUCUGCCGGUCGCAGUUUAUAAGGAUCUCCAUAAAGACGACAAAAAUCUGCACGAGAAGUUCAAAGCAUCGUUGGUCGAACCUAAAGUAAAAAAAAAAAAGCCGGCAAAGGCGAUUCGUCGUUUUCCCGCAGUUGCUCUGCGCCGGAAGCUGGGACCUUCAUGGUAUGGAAGCAUGUUAGGAAUGCUCUUGGUGCUUAUGAUUUUGCCCAUCCUCCUGCUAAUUGCUCUUGUGGUGAAAUUGUAUAAGCCAAAUGUGGGCAAUGGGCUAAUCUGUGCAUUCCUCACUGCUGUCUUCAUUCUUUUCUCGAUACCUCUUAUUCUGGUGCUUUUCUUUCUGGUCCACGGAUUCUUGACGUAUAAUAUUUUCUGUGCUGGAUAUCACCAGGUGCCUGAAAAGCGGAUCAAUCCGAUUUAUUAUCGAUCUAAUUAUUAUCCACGGACGUAUAAUCGACCGAUUUUUAAUCGACCGAUUUAUAAUCGCCCGGAUGAUAAUCCACCGAAUUAUAAUCCUCCGAAUGAAAAUCUACCAAAUGAUAAUCAACCAAAUGAAAUUUUAACAGAUGAUUAUCAACCUGUGCUAAGAUCUGAAGAUACGUUGCAGCGGUGCGCCGGCAAUGAGAGCUUGUGCGGUGACUUGGGUCUCAAGGAAUUUUUUGCCAAUAUGAAAAGAGAUAUCCUGGAAUCUUUAGCGAAGAUUCCUGGCAAUCUGAGUUCCAUUUGUUCCCAGGCGGCGGCCGUGGACCGGGAGCUCUUGAGGAAUAAGCUCUUUAGCUACAACACCUCAGAAUUCACCCAACAUAUGUGCCGAGAGCUGGUGCCAGAGCCCAAGCCGGGUCCUCUGCUGGAGCUUAUCAGUAAACUGGGCAACCUGACCAGGAGCGUGGGAUCGCCUCCUUUUCUGUUAAACCAGACCAUCAGGCUACAAGUUGCUCACAAGAAACUGGGGCAACCGCUAGCGGCGAUCAUUCAGCGACUGCUGGGGAAAGUGAAGGAAUUGGAUCACCUGCUGUCCGGCAGAAAUGAAAGCUUAGCCACAUACAUGAGCCUUCUUCUGGAAAGGAUUAAACAGUUUCAAUGCCGCGAUUUCAUUGAUAUUGGUCUGGAUAAUGGAAGGAACGAAUCGAUUAAGAGCUUAGGUCAGACUCGCCACGGCCACCACCACGAUGACCAUUACUACGAUGACUAUUAUAAUGAUUACUAUUACCACGAUGAUUAUUACCACGAUGACCAUUACCAUGAUGCUCAUCACUACGAUGAUCUAUACCAUGAUCCGUCUAACGGUGGGAGCUUUGAUUCGUAUCGCGAUGGUUUAGCUCUAAAUCGCUUGUUGAGAUAUAAAGAUCUUUGUCGAAGUAUUGCCUAUCCAAUGAACGCCAUCUGGUUCUGGCUUCUACCCUUCACCCUGAUGCUUCUGCCCGCCAUCUCCUGCAGUCAUUAUCUGAGAUGUUACUGCCGGUGUUGUAGGAAUGUUUGCGAGGUCCCCUGCUCUGCUCCAUGCGCUGCCCCCUGCGUGGAUCCCAGCGCGGCCCCCUGCGCGGAUCCUUCCGCGACUUCCUGCGCGGCCUCUAGCGCGGUUUCCUGUGCGGCCCCAUGUGCUGCCCCCUGCGCGGCCUCCUGCGUGUCACCUUGUGCAGCCCCCUGUGCUUCCCCCUGCUGCACACUGCCAAUGGAAUUCCCAGACUGCACCCACUGCAGAUAUUUGCCAGUGAUAGAUGAAACGAAUGUGGAUCAAUUGAAUUUCAAUAUGCAUUUAUGAAACCGGCUAAAAAACUAAAACAAAAAAAAUCA